GGCGAUUAACGGUAUUAUAUUUGUCUCACCUGGUUCAAGUGUAAAUAGUAUUGAUAGGGUUCGUCACCCAAGGUCCUAACCAUUUAAUUAUAUAUAUAUGUAUAAAUAAAACUUAAUCUCGAACUGACCACGCGCCUGUUUAUGGCUCGGACAAUACACUGGAGGUUCAAACUUUACAUUGACGUCUAUGAGAUAGAUAUACAUGUACCGAAAACCUGAGGAAUGGCUACUGGGCAGGACAGCUUUACUACGUCGAACUUGCAUGAAGGAAGAAGAUACAACAACGGGAUUUAAACGCUGCAUUACGAUGUGGAACCUGUUUAUUCUGAUGUAGCUUUGAUAACAAUAUAACGAAGGAAAAUGACGAUUUAUACUUUUGUAGCUUGGAUUUAUAAUAAUUAAUUUGUGUAUAGUACCUAAUAGUUUUGUUUUCAAACCGGGAAGUUAGUGAAAAGACUAACAAGUCAAGAUGGGGGACGGUAUCCAGGAAAUCGUUACUGGCAAAGAUAGACAGGACAGAACAGCUAGACUGGUUUUUAAUAGGGAAAAUCUUAAGGAACUUCGUAAAGCCAUCAACGAUUUAUUUGAUAUAUUCCACGAUAUCACGGAAAAGGAUUUCGAAUUCGGGGCCUUUUUCAAAGUAGAGGAUAUCAUGAAAAGACUAGAAGAUGUGGAAUCCGAGCAUUGGAGGUCGAUCCGGUUGACGUAUCUAGAUGAGGAGCGUCAUGGUUACUGUAACGGUAACUUCAGUGAUGACGAACUCAAAUGUCCCGCCAAAAUUAUGCUCGACAUUCUUAAAUGUUUGAAGUUUUUACAGGAUGGUGUUUACGAUAAAAUUGAUCAAAAGCAUUUCGAAAUUUUAGAAAUUGAGAGAAAGACAGCAGAAUUCAGAAACCAGACGGAUUGUAUACAAGGACAAUUAAUGGAGGAAAAAUUAAGAAUGGCACAGAAGGUUAUAGAUGCAGCUAAACAAGAAGGAAAGCUUCAGUACUUGGAAAAAGCUUUACAAGAGAAGACUGAUAGACUUCAAGAAUUACAAAGAACAAGCUCUGCCAAUCUUUGGGGUAAAGAAAAGGAACGGAUACUUAAAGACUCGAACAAAAGAAUCGCAGAACUUGAGCAAGAAUUGGCAAGUGUCCGAAACAGCCAGAACAACAUGAAUAGAAGAAUGUCGAAAAUCGAUGAGCAGUAUAAAAGUCUGAAAUUACGACAAGAGAAGACUAGUGGCAGCUUAGGCAGUGACUCGGAUGGUGACGAAGUCAAUUCAUUGAAAAGAGAAGGCUAUAUAAAAGAAAAGGAUAUAGCCCAUCUGGAGGGUGAACUAUACAAUCAACAAAAGUUAUUUGUUGGCGUACUUGGUGGGCUCCGAACCGACAUCAACAAACUCAGCGAGCGUUUUUACGACGCCGAGACGCACACGAGAGAUCCUGCAUUUGUGAAGUUAAGUCGGACGAUGGAUAAGUUAUAUGACGCGACGUCUCAGGCCAAACUUGACUCCGCUAAGAUGAUGCUUCCUCCUCACUACACUUACUUUGAUACCGAUUUGAAGUUGAGACGUAUCCGACGAUUGUCUAAAGUUCCCUCCGUGCCACAAAUUGUUACACAGGUUCCACCGAAACCAUGUUUCAUAAGAGAGUAUACCCCUCCCUCACAACUAAAUGGUAGUCUAGCCAAACGACGAAAUGAAAUGUUAAUGCCGCCUGUCUCGGAGAACCCUGUGAUCGUUGAUCCUAACACGGACAAACUUAACGGAACAGUCUAUCUACGUCACUUCGCUCACAUGUCACAGAAAUUUCUGUUGGACCACUGGGGCAGAUUUAAGGAGUUUGACAACAACGGUGAUAGGAUGCUGGAUGUGCAGGAGGUUACCAAAAUUUUGACGUCUCUUGGCUGUUCGUUCACUCCUGGUCAAAUAGAGGAAGCAAUGAAGGAAGUGGAUGUUGACAACUCCAAUACUCUUGACUUCUACGAGUACAUGUUGGUGGUGGAGAAAGUUGUCCGGAGGUCCGGAAAAGCCAAUUUGUUCACGAAAGGCUUGUCAAAACAGAACAAUGUCGAAGUAUCGAAGGCAUGUGUGAUACAAUAGUGUUACAGACAUGUGGUGAUUCGACGUGGUUACCAUAGUGAAGAGUGCCAAAAUACCUGGUUCCUAGGAUAACAUUCUUACCGUACCACAUAGAGACAUCAGCCUUGCUACCUCACCGGAAGUGCAGAUUGUCACGGUUACCAUCUGCAUGAAUGAUUCUAGGAAGAUAGUACGGUUACCUCGGCUACAACGGAAUAUUUAUAAUGACAGAAUAUCCACACGUAACCAAGUGAUUACCUUGGGUACAUGCUACAUAGAAACCUUCUACACUACGUUAGCUAUAGAUCAACGUUGGUUGGUGGCCAUCCUUCAACCUGACAUGAAGUAAAAUAACUGGUUGUCUUGGAUACAAAGGACCAAAAAACCCUGUUUGGCUAUGUUGAUUACAGAAAGACAUGUCUGGUUACCAAAAUAAAUUUUCAUAUAACAUCAUCCAUGGUUACCAUAGUUACCAUAUAUUAUGUAAAAGGUAACCUAUCUAAUAGUGUUAAACUUUUAAAAUCCCUAAUGAGGAUGACACUUCACUAGUAAAAUGGGUAAGUUUAUGGUAACCAGACCGAAAACCGAAACAAAAUUGUGGAACAUGAUUGUCACAGGGAGGAAAAUAUGGAAUUGUGGAACAUGGUUGUCACAGGGAAGAAAAUAUGGAAUUGUGGAACAUGGUUGUCACAGGGAGGAAAAUAUGGAAUUGUGGAACAGAGUUACAACAAGAAAGGAAAGACGGAAUUGUGGAACAGGGUUGCCACAGGAAAGGAAAGACGGAAUUGUGGAACAGGGUUACCACAGGAAAGGAAAGGUGGAAUUGUGGAACAGGGUUACCACAGGAAAGGAAAGAUUGAAUUGUGGAACAGGGUUACCACAGGAAAGGAAAGACGGAAUUGUGGAAUAUGUCUACCGCAGGGAGAAGAUGGAAUUGUGAAACAUGGUUACCGCAUGGUAACCAGUACAAAAUGUAUAUAAAUGUGUGAGUCACGUGAUAUAAUCUGCAGAAAUAGUGUUGAUAGUGAUAAGUGUAAGACGGCGCAUGACAUUUUCAUGUAGCAAUGUAUUCGCCUAUUAUUCAUUACAUUGCGUAUUUCCACCAAAUAUUCGGUGUACUUGAGAAGCUUACUAGUAUAUCUUCGGAUACGUUCUAUCCUUCUAAGAUCCGUCGUUAUUUUCGGGACAUCAAGCAAGACUAGAUGGUCUGCGUCAAGGACGAUUUCCUGAUACCUUUACCAUUUUACAGGUAACAUUUAAUGGACAUACUUGCAGUGUUUUAAAGGGAAAUUUCAUGGACAAUUUUAAUGCAUGAUAUUGACUUUUUACUCUGUCAAAUUAAUUUUUCUGGCUUUAUGAUAUGAUCUCAAUGGCUGUUUCUCUGCAGUUUAGAAUAUCUUCAUGUUCGAUGUAUUUACUGAGUAGAAAAUCAAUGCCUAUCUCUUUAUUUUGUAGAAUUUAAAUUAUUAUUUUAUUGACUUUAAAAACUAAACUGUGUCCUUUGCACUGUAAAUUCUUAAUAUUUAUAAAGUUUCUAAGUAAAGUGAUUUCUCUACUUUUUCAUUUGUAUUGUAUUCGCUAUUGUCUUGUGGAUUUGAUCAUAUAUAUGUAUAUCUAAUUCCGUUCUUAAAAGUACAUUAAUGAAUAAGUCCGAUAUAUACACUACGGCGGAAGUUAGUCUUUGAGUUCCUCUUACUUCCCUGUCUCACGGAUAAUAUCGCCAUGUUAUUUGUACGGAGAGGAUGAUGUCGAACCCAAGGUCGUAUUUUCCUUUUUUUAACUCAAACUUUGAUAUCUGUAGUGAAAUGUAUGUGUAUACAUGUAGUUUAUCAAGUAUUGAUAUCUGUGUUAUGUACCCUUCGUACCUCUCACCCAUAAAUAGAUUUUUAUCUGGACACCACUUCACAAUUGAUAUGUAUUUUGUGAUAAUUGUGACGCCAUAUAUUCUUCCGGAUUAUUGACCUUUGUUGACACAGAACACACACGCAAUCAACUUCCUUAGUCAGCAACAAGCGAUGUUUUACUGAAGUCAUGAUCAGACACACUUCCUCCUAUAGGGAUGUUUAUAUAUAUAUUCAUCAUAGUACAACUACAAGUACGACAGGAAAUUCGACCUCCACUAAAAUCAUGUCAAGAUAUCGGGCCGACCAUCACUGAGCCAUUGAAACGUUCUUUUUUAUUAAAAAAAACGUCGAUGUGGCGCAGCAGUAUAAGCUGUGGGUAUUUCUGGCUAGGCGAUUGGGUGCCGUUCAAUGCACGGGUCAUAACGUUGUCUUUCUUCGUUAGUUGUAUUCAUGCUCUUAUAUUCCAUAAAUGUACUGUCGUCCCAAGACCACUGAAUAGCUAAUGUUAUUAUGCAUUUCCUUAUUUUACACGAUAUAAAAAGUAGACUGUAUAAAUGCUAUUUGAUCCACACCCUCAAAAAAUGCUAUUAACCAGGUUGAUAGUCAAAAGUGCUAUUUACCCGGAAUGAGCGCAUUCAUAUUUUCGCUUCUUUUUUAUUUAUUUAUUUAUUUAUUGGGUAAUGUAUUUGUCAAAGCCUUUCGGAUCGUCUCUACUGUCAAUCCUUGUAUUACAAUGAAGUCCGACAGCGCUUUCGAGAACGUAGACGCAGUUUGUUUAUUAAAAUCGUCCAAGUAAAUGCUACAGGAACGCUUUGGAAAAUGGUAUCUUCUACAAGUUCCGAUAAUCUGGAUGAAGAAGUGCUAGAGAGAUAUUUUCUGAAAAAGACAAUGCUAACACCCAACAGGUCAUAAAAACGGCGAUUAGCAUGCUGAAAGACUAUCCGGAUGGAAAGCAUAAGGAAUAGUGGAGGAAAUAGAAUGAUUUAAAUGCUGGUAUAAUAAAACAGUAAUUGUAUGGGUAUUUCUGGAAAUGGCACUUUUAUUGUCCCCCUUGACAUUAACUUUUUCCUGAGGCGACAGUAAAAGUGCUACUUCCCUCACACCCGUUUAGAUGCAGUAACUGUAGAUAAGUAUCUGGACUAUCGGUGUCACUCGUGCUAUACAGGGUCCAUACCUAUUAUCGUGACGAACAUAUUAACGUGACGUAAAAUGUUGUGGAAUAUUGAAAAGUCAGUAUUGAUUAACAUGUGGCCAGAAGCUUUUGUUUUUUAUGUUAACGAUACUUACCAUGACGCAGAACACCAAUCACUGAAAAAGACACCAUGAAAAUACGUAAGGCUAAUAUGUUUGUCAUGAUAAUAGGCAUGUACUCUGUAUGUACGUCAUAAUUUAUUUAUUUAUUUAUUUAUUUUUAAUUGUUUAAGGUUCAUUGACAAUGGAAGUCAUGUAUGUCCAACAUACUAUAUGACGGUAAUCUAAACAUGUCCACUGAGGUAUCGGCACCCAAACUAUUCAAUUUUCUAGUUAUCAGAUUUUAGAUUAUUCAGCCUAAGACCGUCGUCAAUCCACAUUUUAAGAUCUUUUAAGCAUCAGAUGCCUACAUGAAUUUUUUAAUGGGUAAUUUAUAGUUUGUAUAUUGUAACUUCAAACAAUGAUACAGCAAAGUCAUGGAAAUGUGACGAGUACGUCUCACGUCACACAGUUGUGUCCCUUUAUUACAUAACACAUAACACUUAGACAUAGUGUCAGUCAGUACAGGCUGGGUGUUGUAUUUAAUAUGGAAAACACCAAGAUGACGCCAGAUUAGUUUCUAGUGGAAACAAUUUUCAGGACAGGAACUUUAUCAUUGUUGAUUAUUGCUCAUUGUUCUUUGAGUUACAUUUACUACAAUAUUGUCCUAUAAAAGUAAAUAGCGUGAUUUAUCAACGUGUUACUUUUGAAAUAAAACCCUUUAUGACGCCACAAGUGA